AUGGCGGAGGGGCAGUCCCCGGAGAAUUCACCUCCGUCCCCUACACCUCCUCCUCCUUCCUCCCCGGACAGCACUCAACAGCAAUCUCCUCCACCUCCUAACUCCUCCUCUCCUUCACCUUCACCACCAGCUCCUCCUCCUCCUCCGCCGGAUAGUUCCUCCUCCUCUCCUCCUCCACCGCCUUCUUCAGACUCACAACCUCCACCAUCUCCACAACAAGGAAACAACGACAACAACAAUGGUGGAAACAAUGACAACAACAACAACAACAACAACGAUGGUAAUAACAACAAUGGUAAUAACAACAAUGACGGCAACAAUGGUAAUAAUAAUAACAACGGCGGAGGAAGCAACAAUCAUUCGCCUUCACCUCCUUCCAGAAACUCCGACCAUAACUCUCCUUCCCCACCGAGAUCUCUAGCUCCGCCUAGAUCAAGCGGUGGUGGCUCUAACUCCUCACGUAACGAUACACCAAACACAGCUGCUAUCAUAGGAAUUGCGGCUGGUGCUGGAUUGUUGCUUCUUGUUAUGAUCUUGUUCUGCGUCUGUUGCUGUCGCAAGAAGAAAAAGAAGAAUCAAAUGCCGUACUACGCAAGCAAUGGUUACGCCACAGGCAAAGGUGAUCAAUACCAACAACAGCAACAACAAUACAAUAACCAAAACGAUCACGUAAUGAACAUGUCUCAUCAACAACCUGGAUCAAACAAUAACAUUAACUGGAUGAAUUCACCGCCUCCACCACCACCGCCGGUUUCAGGUGGUGUAAACACCGGAAACAGCAGCGAAAUUUACUCUGGUCCAUAUGGUCCGGCCCUACCACCACCUCACCCUUCGGUGGCUCUAGGUUUCAACCAGAGCACAUUCACCUACGACGAGCUAGCUGCAGCAACUCAAAACUUCUCUCAAGCAAGACUGUUAGGGCAAGGUGGGUUCGGGUAUGUUCACAAGGGAAUACUUCCCAAUGGGAAAGAGAUCGCUGUGAAGAGUCUUAAAGCAGGAAGUGGACAAGGAGAACGCGAGUUCCAGGCUGAGGUUGACAUCAUUAGUCGAGUUCAUCAUCGGUUUCUUGUGUCUCUUGUUGGUUAUUGUAUUGCAGAACAGAAGAUGUUGUUGGUUUAUGAGUUCUUACCUAAUGACACACUUGAGUUUCAUCUCCAUGGUAAAAGUGGAAAGGUUCUUGAUUGGCCUACAAGGCUCAGGAUUGCUUUGGGAUCAGCUAAAGGACUUGCUUACUUACAUGAAGAUUGCCAUCCAAAAAUCAUUCAUAGAGACAUCAAAGCUUCAAACAUUCUUCUUGAUGAAUCCUUUGAAGCCAAGGUUGCAGACUUUGGUUUAGCGAAGCUAUCUCAGGACAAUGUUACACAUGUGUCCACUCGUAUCAUGGGAACAUUCGGGUACUUGGCUCCAGAGUAUGCAGCAAGCGGGAAACUAACAGACAGAUCAGAUGUUUUCUCCUUUGGAGUGAUGCUUCUUGAGCUCAUAACCGGACGCCGACCCGUUGAUCUCACUGGUGAAAUGGAAGACAGCUUGGUCGAUUGGGCAAGACCCUUAUGCUUAAACGCAGCUGAGGACGGAGACUACAGUGAGCUAGUUGAUCCAAGGCUCGAGAACCAGUACGAGCCUUAUGAGAUGGCAAGGAUGGUGGCUUGUGCCGCUGCAGCCGUUAGACAUUCAGCUAGACGCAGGCCUAAGAUGAGCCAAAUUGUUCGGGCACUGGAAGGAGAUGCAUCGCUGGAUGAUCUAAACGAAGUGAAACCUGGACAGAGCUCAUACCUCGGGAGGGGAUCGAGCUCGAACUAUGACUCGAGCACUUACAGUGCGGAUAUGAGGAAGGUCAGGAAAGUGGCGUUGGAUAGUCAUGACUAUGGUGCAAGCAGUGAGUAUGGGAACACAAGCGAGUACGGGCUUGACCCCUCGUCCUCGAGCAGCGAGGAGAUUCAUAGUGGACGAGGAGCUGCUAACAACAACAAAACAACUCCUAGCCGAGCGCUUUGA